UAUGUGUGCGCGCGCAUAAACCCAUAAUUAUUCUGGCCUUAAUUUGAUAGAUAUCUGAGAGCAAAGUUUCCCAAGUAGAGAAUGUCGUCUUCUGUGGUAAAAUUUGCUUCUCAAGAAAGUAAUCAUGAAGAAGGGAAUCAAGAACUGUUUGAUAUGAUCCACGCAGGUGAUCCAACGGCUCCAAACCUCUCACUUCCAGCUGAGACUUUUCUCAAAGCUGCAAUUUCUCUCAAGGACAAGGUUGUGGAAGUGACGUGGAAAGGUCGGGGCAGUAAUGGGAGCUUGGACCCGACAGUGUAUACGGGUCUUCUGGGUGCAGCUUUCACCUGCUUGAGAUCUCAUGAGGCCACCGGUAACCACCGAGACCUGCAAUUGUGCGUCGAGAUCGUGGACGCCUGUGCUGCCGUGGCUCAUUCCUCUGCCAGGUGGAGGUCCCUUAAAGGUAACCCCUUUGUUAGCAUGUCUGCUAAUUUUGCUCUCAAUAGGGAUGAAUGA